AUGAGGGGACUGAAUGUGCAUCAUCACAUUCUUGAGAGAAUGUUCGUACUAUUCAAGAUUUGUGUAGCAAUAGCGUUGCGUGUGACUUUUAGAGAACUAGCUGGGUCAGAGAAACCCCUACUUUUUAAAAUAACAUGUUCACCGCAAGAAGCACAAAUAUGCAAAAGCAGCUACUGCGAUACACUGUUUUUAUAG